AGGUCAAAAGCUUUACAAAAAAACAUUCACAAAACCCCAAAAACUAGUUGCCUUGUCGCCUCCUCUUCGCAGAAAAGUCCACAAAGCAGUAACGACCCCACCACAUUAUCUUCAAAAAAACAAUGUCUGCUUCCCCUUCCGUCAUCACUCCUCAAGAGGCCAUUCCGCAGGGCCACGUCCCUGAGGUUGUACCUCCCCCUCCCGCCGCGGCUCCGGUCCCGGCGUACAACCCUCCCCCUCCGCAGAUGCCGUCUCCGUCGGCCUCCCUCUACGUCGGUGAACUUGACCCGACCGUCACUGAGGCGAUGUUGUUCGAGAUGUUCAACAUGGUUGGUCCUGUGGCAAGCAUCCGCGUGUGCCGCGACGCUGUUACGCGUCGUUCUCUUGGCUAUGCCUACGUCAAUUACCUCAACGCGAACGAUGGCGAGCGUGCUCUGGAGCAGUUGAACUACUCCUUGGUCAAGGGUCGCGCUUGCCGUAUUAUGUGGUCUCAGCGUGACCCUGCUCUGCGCAAGACCGGUCAGGGUAACAUUUUCAUCAAGAACCUGGAUGACGGCAUCGACAACAAGGCUCUCCACGACACUUUUGCCGCGUUCGGCAACGUGUUGUCGUGCAAGGUUGCUACCGAUGAGCACGGUCGCUCCAAGGGCUAUGGAUUUGUUCAUUACGAGACUGCUGAGGCAGCUGAGAUUGCCAUCAAGGCUGUCAAUGGCAUGUUGUUGAACGACAAGAAGGUCUAUGUCGGCCACCACAUUUCUCGCAAGGAGCGUCAGUCGAAGAUCGAGGAGAUGAAAGCCCAGUUCACCAACAUCUACGUCAAGAACAUCGACGCCGAGGUCACUGAAGAAGAAUUUAGGGACCUGUUCGCGCAAUUCGGCAAUGUAACUUCUGCUGUUGUCCAGAGGGAUGACGAAGGCAGGAGCCGGGGCUUCGGAUUCGUCAACUUUGAGACCCACGAAGAGGCUCAGAGGGCUGUCGAAUCCCUGCAUGACUUCGAUCUCAAGGGCAAGAAGCUCUUCGUCACUCGUGCACAAAAGAAGGCUGAGCGUGAGGAAGAGCUCAGGAAGUCUUAUGAGCAGGCUAAGAUGGAAAAGCUCAGCAAGUAUCAAGGCGUCAAUCUUUACAUCAAGAACCUCGAGGACGAUAUUGACGAUGAGCGACUCCGCGCAGAGUUCGAGCCGUACGGUACCAUCACCAGUGCCAAGGUGAUGCGCGACGAGAAGGGUACCUCCAAGGGCUUCGGUUUCGUCUGCUUUUCUUCUCCUGAUGAGGCUACCAAAGCUGUUGCGGAGAUGAACAACAAGAUGAUUGGCUCCAAGCCGCUCUAUGUCUCUCUGGCCCAGCGUCGUGAAGUUAGGAGACAGCAACUGGAGAGCCAGAUUGCUCAGCGCAAUCAAAUUCGCAUGCAGCAAGCAGCUGCAAGCGGUAUGCCGGGUGGCUACAUGGGCGGUCCUCUCUACUACCCUCCGGGCCCUGGUGGUUUCCCGCCGCAGGGCGGCCGUGGCAUGAUGGGCUACGGUCAGCCUGGUAUGAUGCCCCCUCGCCCGCGCUACGCGCCAAACGGUCAGGUUCCUGGGAUGCCCAUGCCUGGUUCAUACGGUCAGGCUCCUCCCCAGGCUUACCCUGGUAUGGCGGGCUACCCUCGUGGCGCUCCUCGUCCUCCGGGUGGCCGUGCUCCUCCUACCGCUGACCCCAACGCUCCCGCCGUUGCUGGCGGAGCCCCUCGUCCCGCUGGACCUCAGGGCGCUCCUGCUAACCGCCCUGUCACCGGUGCCCCUCCGGCUGCUGGUCGGCCUCAGAGCUACAAGCUCAACCCUCAGACUCGCAAUGCGCCCCCGACGCCUGGUCAAGGUGCCCCUCAGGCUUCAGGUGCACCCGCUCUCACGGCUGCUGACGCCGUAGCCCUCUCGUCCGUGGCUCUCGGAGGUGCCUCUCUCGUAGAGCAGAAGCAGAUGCUUGGCGAAGCCAUUUACAUGAACAUCGCCGCAUCCCAACCCGAGUUGGCCGGCAAGAUUACCGGUAUGCUUCUCGAGAUGGACAACAAUGAGUUGAUUAUGCUCCUGGAGUCCCCUGAUGCCAUGAACAACAAGGUCAGCGAGGCUCUCGCCGUCUUGCACGAGUUCUCCCAGAAGGAGGCUGCGGAGAGCAAGUAGACUUGUGCUUACGAGGUGAUCGUGUUGGUGCUUUCUUCGUCCCUAUAUUUGUUAUCGCUGUCUCCCCCCGUGUGGCUCACCCGCUUUUCCUACUUGCUCUGUUUGCUGUAUCUUUGAGCUUACGGGGUUCAUGGUGGUGGUUCCUUUGUGUGUACUUUAUCUCAGGAACAGGAGUCGACUUGCUGCAUG